AUGCCUCCUACGAUCCCUUCACGGGGAGGCCCCAGCGGCCUAAAGUUCAGGCACGCAGCGGUUGGAGGAAAGACGGUUCUAAGCGCAAAGCCUAUGGGCGCACAACGCCACCGCAAAAUCACGAAGGACCAUAUACGCGGCAUCACCAAGCCCACUAUCAGACGCCUCGCUAGACGCGGUGGUGUGAAGCGUAUCUCGGCGGGUGUUUAUGAUACUAUACGAUUAGCGCUGAAGGAGCGCCUCACUAUGGUUAUCCGAGAUGUUGUGGCAUUCACAGAACACCGCAAUACCAAGACAGUCACGGUCAACGACGUCAUUUUCGCACUGCGGCGUCUCGGGAGUCCUAUCUACGGCUUCGACCCUGAGACUUUCCACUCAGGAAAGAAAAAGCUGGGCGGCGGUCUCGGAAAACCGUUAGAGGACGACGAUUGA